UGACCAGCGCACCAACAAGUAGCCCAGCCAGAACACAACGCGGCAGAGAGAGAGAGAGGGGGAGAGAGAGGGAAGCGAGCACAAGAGGACGCCGCAGCGGCGAGGCGGGCGAGACAGCUCCACACGUCUCUACCCCUUCCCCUUCCCCUUCCCCUUCAUCCCUGUUCACAACCCAGUAGCGCCCAGGCCAACCCCCGUCGAAUCCAGUAGCGAGCGAGGCGGGUAGGAGGAGGCCGCGGAGCUGAAUGGCGGGAGGGGCCGAGAAGCGGCAGAGGGCGGGAGGGGACAACGAGGACCGCAUCUCGGAGCUGCCGGAUGCGCUGCGGCUGCAGAUUCUGAGCCUGCUGCCGCUCAAGUCGGCCAUCCGCACCGGCGCGCUCUCCUCGCGGUGGCGCAACCUCUGGACGCAGCGCUGGCCAGUACCCUCCUCGCUCUGCCUGUGCCUCCCGCCCGGCGCGUCGGCUGCAGCGCGGGGGGAACAUCUCGCGGCCAUCGAUCGGCGCGGGAGGCGGCGGAUGGACAGCUUCUCGCUCGCCUUCCACGGGGGGCAGCUCGCGCAGCCGGACCUCAGGCGCUUCAUCGACUACGCGGCGGCGUGCGAGGUGGAGGACCUGCACCUCCGGCUCGACCGCGGCGGGGGACGGGGCUCGCGCGGGGGGACCCGCCGCCCGGGCAUGCUCACCGUGCACUUCCCGGUGGGGAGCCCGCUGCUUGCGCGGCUGUCGGUGCGGGGGCUCAACCUUACGGCGAUUGCCAACGCGAUGGUCGCGACGCUCGAGGUGAUCCAUCUCCACUCGGUGCCCCUGACCGACGCCGCGCUGCGCCGGAUGGUCGCUGCCUGCCCCCGCCUCCGGGAGCUCGAACUCCGUUACUGCCGCCGUCUCCGUCGUAUCGACUUCACCGUGGGGGCGGCCAACCUCAGGAGUUUCACCAUCGUGGACUGCUCCCGCACCACCGAGCUGCGUGUCCCGGUGGCGCCCCGCCUCCGGUCAUUCCGAUUCAGCGGCGCCUUCCUCUCAAGCAACAUCCUCUCUGAUGGCGCUAUGGAGUCCCUUGAGCAUCUCUACCUCUGCUCGGGUGGGCCAGAAACUGGCUUGCCGCCCACCAACUUGCCAUCUGCGGUUCCCCGCCUCUCGAACCUCACCGUCCUCACCCUCUGCAGCAUUGCCCUCCAGUACGUGUCUGCUUUUGCAGCCAAAAACGUCAUGGAGUGCGAGCUGCGCAGCUUGAGAGAGCUCCAUUUCCUCAUGUUCGGCAUGGCCAACUCCAACCUUGCAGACAUCUAUAGCUUCCUCAAGACUUGUUGUUGUCCUCAGCUGGAGAAGCUCUUUGUGCAGCUCCCGACAAACACCAAUGAUUCUUUCACAGAGAAUUUCUUGGAGGUAGCAGAGGAAGAGCCGCCAAAAGGCGGAUUAGAAAACAUUUUGUUAGUCAAGAUGACAAACUUCAAUGGGCACCGUAAUGAGAUGCAUCUAGUGGAGUUUCUGCUUAGGAAGGCUAGUUGUCUGAAGAAACUACUUCUGAUUGCUCCUAAGGAGGAUCAUCCUCAAGGACUCCGCAAGAUUCAGUCAGAUGUGCUGCCCAAUUUUCUAAAAACACAAAUAUUGCAUCUGGAAAGAGCUUCAGACAAUGCCCAGAUAAUUUUCAGUGAGCCUGAUGGUCCUCGGAUCGAACCAUUGCAUUCGGAGGUCUUUGUCAGGUUUUAGCUCGAAAUGAGCAAAACAUUGUGGUAGUCCAAUUGCUGCUCCUAAAUUUUUAGAUUUCUAGCUGUUAGGUAACAGACAUGGGAAAAAAUAUUCUGCAAGACAUACAGAGUUUGAUAUAUGAUAUUUGCAAUUCAUGUUAAUCAAAUAUUUUUGUCUAGUCCGUUUCGCAAUCAUUGCCUAGGUAUGCGGACCGGACAAACAUUGCGAAACAAGGGAGUAUCUUGUUUAUAGAUGCAACAGUUCCCAUGGAGUCUUUUAAGAAAAGGAAUGGAUUCUAUGGAACCAUGUUUUGCGUAUACAUUUUGUCUUGAAUCUUGAUUGAUGCUAAUCAAGGGUGAACAUUUUUCAGUAUAGCAGCUUGACAGCUGACACAAUUGAGUAGCCUUUGGAAGUAGUGCUGCAAUGUUGUUGGUUGUUUUAGCUUCAUGCCAAAAGUACAGGCUUGCUUGCCGAUGUCAAGUAUGCAGUAUGUAUGCUCUUCUUGGGCUUUAAGAUCUUAUGUUUCGUACUGAAGUUUAUGAAUCUAUACUUUAUGUGGAGAUUGCAUCCUGUUGUUACCAGAUGUGUCUGGAAUGAAUGGUUAAUUCUGUUUUUUUUUCAUUUCUUUUUUAAACGUCUUUGAGAUGAAUGAAAUAUUUAUUGUUCUACAUGUUUUCAUCUAUGGUUUCAAAUUGAAGUAUAAUGCUGUCUGAUCUUCUAGUCUUAUCUUCCAGUUUAGUCUGCUACAACUACUAUAACAGAUAUAUUUCAUUAUCGACUCAGUGUGGAAGCAGAAUUGCAGAUUGAGGAAGGGAGCUUUGCUCAGUACUAGCAAGUAGCAAUUAUGAUUUUUCAGGCAACUUAAUAUUUGAGAUGGCGAACUGGCAAAAUUCUGCUAUAAUUCAAUUAAUAGGAAACCUAUCUAGCUAAAGUGUUGAGAAGACAUAUUGGCAGUAUAGUGUUAGUAUAUUAGUUUAUCCUUAAAGAUGGUUAUGCAUGUUGCUGAAUUUAUACUUGCUAUUUUUAGUGGCAUCAAGGUCUGGUUGUUUUUGUUUGAUGUUAGAGUCAUUCAAAGUAUUAGUGAUAGUCCUCGAAAAAAGAAGUAUUAGUGAUGGAACUAAAUGAGAUGAAGUGAUGCCGUGUUCUUAGCUACCUUCGUUUCUUGGAUUUGCAGUGAUGGAGGCAUGGUGGGCGUGCCAACUUCAUGUUGAUGAUUACCUGAAUUAGUCUGAUAAUGCCCCACAAGAAGGUGGUGUUAGUUCCUGGGGGUAGCUUGGGUGACCUGGGGUGGAACUUCUUUGUGGAAAUUCUGAGGUGCUCCUUGUAUGAAGUGAAAGUAUCACCUUUAGUGCUUUGCACUUGUGCCUUAUCCUUCAAGCCAUGUGAAACUGUAGAGUCACGCAACAUAGUGAAAUGAUAUGGAUAAUGUUGGUAAAGGUGUACAUUAUCUUUCAACCUUAUGCACUUGUAUGUUUGAACCUUUGGUAUUUAUGCAUAGCCUCCAUACGCCUCUUGAAUUUC